AUGAAUGCAUUCCGAAGGCGUGGCUUUGCGAUGGUGAUGUUACAUGUGCUGGUGGUGAAGAUGAAGCGGCUGAUUUGUGAAUGUAACAAAGGGGAAUUCCGAUGUCAAAAUCAGCACUGCAUUCAUCAAAGCUGGGAAUGUGAUGGCGACAAUGACUGUUUGGAUGGAUCUGAUGAACAUGCUAAUUGCACAUAUUCAUCAUGUCAAGCCGAAUUUUGGCAAUGCGCCAAUCACAAAUGUAUCCCGAACUCGUGGCGAUGCGAUGGUAAUGACGACUGCGAUGAUGGUUCUGAUGAAAAGGAUUGCGCUCAAGCGCAGAAGGAUAUGGGCACAGGGCAUGCACUUUGCCCCAAGGGUCAAUAUCAAUGCUUAUCUGGGCAAUGCAUCGAUGAGAAGAAGGUUUGUGAUCGCAACUAUGACUGCCAGGAUCGCAGCGAUGAGAGCACACAAUGCUUCAUCGAUGAAUGCGCACAAGCGGACAAACCACUUUGCGAGCAGAAGUGCGUGGAUCUACCAAUUGGUUAUCGAUGCGAUUGUUUCGAAGGCUUCGCGAUUGAUAUGGAUGAUAAGAAGAGCUGUCACAACGUUAACGAAUGCUAUGAGGGCAUUUCCGGAUGCAGUCAAACCUGUGAGGAUAAGAUUGGAUCCUAUAAAUGCGGUUGCGUUGAUGGUUAUCAGCUUGCAAGAGAUGAUCACAGCUGUAAGAGAAUAGAUCCGGCUGUCACUAUUGUCAAGCAUACUUUAUCAGUUUUCAUGCCUUCGCACAUGCAAUUAGCAUCUCAAUUUGUUUCUUGA